AUGACCGACUCGCCGGCGGUGCGUGUGCCGCUGGAUCCCGAGGAACAACCCAUCCUCGACAGAGUCCUUAUCAUCCGCGAUCACUUGUCGCUGCUCAAAGGAGACCGGAGCACAUAUGUCAAGUCUGCAGACGUCGUCAAAUACCACAACCAACUUGUGGAGCAGGUCGAGCAGCUGAACCGGAUCCGAGCAAACAAGCGCGAUGAGCAGAACCGAGUCGAUACCGUCCUCGACGACUGCUUCCGCCUCAUCUCCCUCUUCUUCUUGACCAUCGGCCGGAAUCGCGAAGCGCCAGCGAUAUACGCUUGCGUGUCUACGGUGAAGCGAUUGCUGGAUCAUCUGGUUGAAGCCGGGUUCUACCUUCCCGCCGACGUGAAGAGCAUCGAAGAGCACCUUGACAAAUGGGAACAGACGAUCAUCAGAGGGAAGGAUCAGCAUUCUGAACAUCUGCUGACGCUGCUGAAGGCGAGGAUUGACCUAUGCCGAGCGACUUUGAGGGAGUUGAAGUCACCUUUGGCCAAACUCGAGGGCAACAUGAUGAAGACGUAUGAGAAGCUGGUGAGCAUAUUACGAAGCUUGUCGGCUUCUAAUUGCAGGAGCAAGUUCCCGGCGCAAGAGGUCAAGGAGUUCGAGAAGCAGCUGUUGGAAAUCCAAGCCGAGCUGCAUGAAAGCCCAGACCCACAUGAAGGCAAGACAGCAGAGGAGGUCUAUGUCGAACGAAUGGCUAUGGUGCAGAUCUGUGAUGGCUGCACACACAGUCCAGACACUGUCGUGAAGUCGCUGUUGGCGAGAUGCAUACUUUGGGUGGAGAUCAUUCAACAGAAACAAGGCAAAAUCGACCCGCGCUUCCAGGAACCCUUCGACAAACUCAUCAAAGUGAAGCGAGCCCUCGAACAUAUGAAUCUCACGCAGGCUUGGUCUCUCCGCGAAACCGAUCUUUACGACUACCAACGCUCUCUUGAUCGUGUAGACGAGUCUAGAGUGGACGGGAACUUUGUCGACGCCGAAGGCAAGCCCGCAGAUCUCCAUGCGCAACGAACCUUGCUCUACCUUCUGCGAAAGUCGUACGCCUUCAUCUACCAGUACAUAAUCUCCUCGGAGCCCGUUUCGGAAGCCUUGAUGCCCAUCUACAAUCAACUCCUCACCCUCAAGCGAUGCUUGAUUGAAGUCAAGAAGUCUGGCGGUGUUGACUCUCCCCGCGAACUCUAUCCAUACAGCAUGAAGCUGAACUCCAUCGACAACAUGAAGAAAGACGGCAAGUUCAUGGUUGGUAACGACAUCCCUGAAGGCCAAAGCAGCGUCAGCGCGUUGCUGGCUGAAUGCUUCGAUCUUGCAUACGAGCUGAGGAACGACGCCGAUGAUCGAAACGAGGAGAACGGGGCUGGAAAUGGUCUCGAGCAGCCUCGAGCACAGGAGCUGAAUCCCGUCCGCGCGGAGUAG